AGUUGUCUUCUUCCUUCUAAUCCCAUUGGUUUUCCUUUAAAUAACUACAAACACGUUUCUUUUUUUUAUCUUUGAACUAGCGCCUCCUCCUCCUCCUCCUCCGCACAGAUAUAGAAAAGUCUGGCAGCGAGACGCACUUUUGGGUAGUGAGCGCGUGCCGAGGUUUGAACCAGGCUCCAGGCUGCUGCACUCAUCGUUUGACCCGGAGCGAAAAUUUUCCGCUCAGCUCAAGCUCAGCCCUGAGAUCCGUAACCAAAGUACCCACAAAAAUAACUUGUGAAGCACGUCUGUCAGCCACAAAGUUAGCCCGACGCAUUUCAGCCGUUAGAUUCAUCUUGAGGGAAUGGCAUUGGACUUUGCAGCGGGCUGUAUAGGAGGUGCAGCUGGUGUUUUGGUUGGACAUCCCUUUGACACCGUGAAGGUGAGGCUUCAAGUUCAAAAUGUGGACAAACCCCUGUACCGUGGGACUUAUCACUGCUUCCAGUCGAUCGCACGCCAAGAGUCGAUGCUCGGCCUGUACAAAGGGAUCGGCUCGCCGAUGAUGGGCCUGACCUUCAUCAAUGCCAUAGUUUUUGGCGUCCAGGGCAACGCCAUGCGCAAGCUUGGCCGCGACACACCGCUCAACCAGUUCCUGGCCGGCGCCUCGGCAGGAACCAUCCAAUGUGUCAUUUGCUGCCCAAUGGAGCUGGCAAAGACGCGCAUGCAGCUGCAAGGGACCGGAGAGAAGAAGUCAAAGAGGAAGCUGUACAAAAACUCUCUGGAUUGCCUUGUGAGAAUCUACAACAAGGAGGGAAUCCGAGGCAUCAACCGAGGCAUGGUGACCACCCUGCUGCGUGAGACGCCUGGCUUUGGUGUGUACUUUCUCGCUUAUGACAUGUGGACCCGUUACCUUGGCUGUGAGCCGGAGGAUCCUUACAUGAUCCCGAAGCUGCUGUUUGCUGGGGGGAUGUCUGGCAUCGCGUCCUGGAUCUCCACCUAUCCUGUGGAUGUGAUCAAGUCGCGCCUUCAGGCGGACGGGGUGGGCGGCGUCCACCAGUACAGUGGCAUCAUGGACUGUGUCAGGCAAAGCUUAAAGAAGGAGGGGUGGAGGGUGUUCACACGCGGACUCACGUCCACCUUGCUACGCGCAUUCCCAGUCAAUGCUACCACGUUUGCCACUGUGACUCUGUUUUUAAUGUACAUGCGUGAGGGAGAAGAGUGUAGCAUUCAGGGCCCUGAUGCGCAGUCAGUCCAGCUGCAGCCUCUGCAGCCACAGACGCAGCCAACCAGCAUGUGAGCCAUUAUGGCUGCAGAGAGCAGUACUACAGCACAGAAGUUGCAGCUUAAUACAGGUCUCAUCUGUUGUCAUUUAUGAGAAAGGGGAACCGAUCCAAUGUAAGCCAGCUGGGCUUCAUCCAAGUGACCCAGUGGUUUAUUUAAAUUUUAAGAUAAAGGCUACACUUGUAAAUAUAUAGUAUAGUUUAUAAUCCUUUGCUUUUAGUAGGAGUUUUAGGUCAUUUAAGAAACUGUUACAGUGGUCACUGAUCUACAGUGACACUCUAAUGCUGUGUUCAGGUUAGAAUGGAGCACUUUAACUGUUCUCCACUAUGCGACAUGCCUAAACUUGUAUUCACUGACAGUUAUUGAUUACCAAAAAUAGUUCCAAAGUUGAGCAUGUUCGUGAACACGAAUUCACUCUUUGGCAAACAAUGAAAAUGGGUCUGACUGCUUUUAAAAGUUUCAAUUGGUGGAAAUAUUGCAGGAUCCAUUUUGGCCCUUUAGGAGUAUGACAUGCAUGUGUGAUGAAUCGUUUAAAAUAUGUCAAUCAUUGUCCAAAGCCAUAAUGCAAUUUUUAACCUCUUUGUUGUGGGCAUCCUACAGUGUCCAAAGAAAGCACCUUAUGGUUCGAUGGUUGGAAACCAUUUGAUUUUUUUUUUGUAUUUCCACGUGGUGCAAGACUGUCGCACAAUGAUGACUGGUUAAAAGUUGACUUUUUAAAAAUUCUAAAUGUUUUUGAUUUUUUUUUUAUCCUUGUGCCUUCUUUUAAUUGCACAGGUCAGGCUCCGCAUCCUCCUCAAGAGGGCGGUGUGGCAUCGUCAGUUCUGCACACAUUAGUCUGCGCCAUGUAGAGGCCGAGGAAGUAAUAGGUCACACACUAUCAUGUGCAGAUUGUAGCUACCGUUUUACAGCUGUAUUGUCUGCACCUGUGGCAUUUCAGAUAUCUGAUGGCCAGGCCACACAUGGUUAACAAGAAUAAGUCCCUUGUUGAGAGCCCACAACUCUGGCAAAGACUGAUAUUUGUAGCGUUUGAAGUUGAAAUAUCCAUCAAGUCCAACAAAUUUUGCAAACCAUUCUCCUUGUCAAAUGUCCUGAGUCCAUAAUCUUUGGGGGGGGAAAAAAGCAAACACUUGGGACACUGUGCUUCCUGCUUAAUCAUAGUCUUUAUAGGACAGGGAGACAGUGUGGUGUUGAGGGAUUUGUAGUUUACGGCUGCCUGAGUUCACUGAUGCCUUUUACAUUUCCAUGGUUUAAAAAGAAUAAUGAAACUGGAAAUGCACCAAAAAGGCCUCCGAGUAUCCACAUGUUAAUGUCUACUGCUGCUGUUUUUCUUCAAGUGGCAGAUUUACAGAUCUGAAACCGCUUUGAGGUUGUCAAUAACAUGUUGUACAUACUGUGAAUUUGGAUUUUCUUUUUUAGUGUAGAUAUGACUUAAUAGGUUUUUGAUUACAGUCUUGUUCUGUCUGUACUGCAGGAUUAGGCAUGAUCUGAGUGUCUAAUGUUGCCUUCAUGUUGAACAAUAUCAUGCACCUGAUGCUGCAUGCACACUAUGUAGUACUUUGAAACUGGUGAAAUAAAAAUGAUUUAUGUUUAA